UCCCUCCCUGGCUGCGUUUUGGUUAACCCUCUAUAAAAAUCGUACCCUUCGUUGUCAUCGUCGCUAUGGCAUCUUCAGCUCACAAGCAGCAGCACCACCACAUCGCGGACAUGUACGGCGCCACCUCGGCGCCGCCGCCGACUCCGUCGACUCUCUCCUCCGCCGCCGGGACGGACUCCGUCGCUGCUGCCGACUUCCUCUCGCGGCUCAUCCACCGCCUCCCCCCCGCUCUCUCUCUCCCCGCUCGCCUCUCUCCAACCACAACCGAUAACCCCCCCAACUCCUCCUCCGCCGCCGCCGCCCAUGCCGCCAUCUCGAGCGUGUCCUGGUCGGAUGAAAAGAACGCUUCCUUUUUCGAGAACCUCUCAUCUGCUUCAUCUGUAGGGUUCUUCCAGAUGACCGGUCAUCCAGUAUCUUCCGAACUCGCUCGCUCAGCUGAGUCGGAGUCGCUUGCUCUCUUCGACCUCCCCGUUGACCAGAAAGAGCUGUACUUCCCAAAGAACUGGCCUUUCGGGUACGAACGCGACGAAGACGACGACAGACUCGGUGAGUGGUUCUGUUUAGAUUCGCUGUGUUCUUGCUCCGCCGGGUCAAGCGAGUUGAAGCUAGAAUCGCUGCGUGAGCUCGCUCUGACGAUGGAGAAAGUGGGUUGUGAGAUAAUAGAAUGGAUGUCGCGCGCGAUCGGGUUUGAGAACCCGGUCAAGGAGAACCCGGCCCGUGUCUGCUCGCUGAUGUGGAUAUCCAAGGGUUGUUCCGAUGAGGGCCACGAGAGAGCGGUCACGGGGGGCGGGUUCUACCCGUUUGUAGUCGGGCUGAGCUACCAAAUUAGGACCCAGAAGUACUCUCUGUUGGCAGAUUCGGGCACGGUGACGGUGUCGCCGGAGGCCGGCUCUUUGAUGGUUGCAAUCGGCGACAUUGCUCAGGUGUGGAGCAAUGGGAAGCUGCAGAAAGUGAGAGGGAGGCCAGUGGCAUGUGGCGAGGGCGACAGCGGCGCCAUAACCAUGUCGCUGCUCGUGAGUCUUCCUCUGGAAAGCACGGUCUCUCCCCUUGUUCCUCUGGAGAAGAUCGUCGGUCAUGACCAAGAUGAUGAUGAUGAUGAUCAAGAAGAAGAAGAAGAAGAAGAAGAAGAAGAAGAUAUCAGCAAUGCGAGUGACAGAGGAAAGAGAAGAGAUGGAGAGAAGGCGAUGUUCAGAUCUUUCUCGUUCGAGGACUAUGCAUGGAGGGUUUAUCAUGAACGCCUGAUCGUUUCUUCGCCCAAAGAUCUGCUCGACGGAUACCGUAUUACCAACACUUGAGAUCGUAUCUCUUGAUUCAUGCUCUUUAUUAUUAUUAUUAUUAUUAUUUUACAUCAUUUUUUUCUUUUUUGCUCUCUUUUCGGGUUUGAUUGUUUGCCCCCUUGAAAACCCUUUUCUUGUUAUGGGAUGUUGGAGAAUGCUCUUUAAUUAGCAAAUUCGCAAUUUCCCUAAUUUUUCUAUCGAAAAA